AGUUGGCCUGAACAUCCCUCACCUUCGGAAAAAUAAAAAAAGAAAAAGGCGGGACCCCAAUUCCACACAGAAGACUAUCAGUCACAGGAAAACUCCUCCUAGCCAAGAAAGGUUAAAAACAGAGAGAGAAAAUGGGAAGUACCAGUUGCACACCAGUAAUCGAUCUACAGAAUAUCCCAUCGCAAUCAGACGAACUGAUUCUUGCGUGUGAGCAAUGGGGUUGUUUUCGCAUCAUCAAUCACCCGAUUCCCGCGACCCUGAUGUCGGAGAUGAAGACCGUCGUGAGGUCCCUCCUCGACCUCCCGCCGGAGAUCAAGCGGCGGAACACCGAUGUCAUCGCCGGCAGCGGGUACGUGGCGCCCACCAAGAUUAAUCCUCUGUACGAGGGAUUGGGGCUUUAUGACGUCGGCUCCACUGAAGCUGUUCUUGAAUUUUGUUCUCAGCUCGAUGCCUCUCCUCCGGAAAGGGACACGAUAUUGAGGUAUUCUCAAGCUGUACAUGACCUAGCUAUGGAGCUUGGGAGCAAAAUAGCUGAAAGCAUGGGCUUGGGCAAGGAUCUGUUCAAGGGGUGGACCUGCCAAUUUAGGAUAAACAAAUACAGUUUCACUCCCGCAUCUGUUGGGUCAUCCGGGGUCCAAAUCCACACAGAUUCUGGAUUUCUUACCAUAUUGCAAGACGAUGAGAACGUGGGUGGUCUUGAAGUGAUGGACAAGAAGUCCGGUGAGUUUGUAUCGGUUGAUCCCAUGCCGGGCGCCCUGCUCGUCAAUCUUGGAGACAUUGCUACGGUAUGGAGCAAUGGAAGAUUUUACAAUGUGAAGCACAGAGUACAGUGCAAAGAAGCAACGACACGGCUGUCCAUUGCUUUAUUCAUGUUAGGGCCAAAGGAGGCAGCGGUGGAAGCCCCGCCGAAGCUGGUGGACACCGAACACCCCAGGCUUUAUGAUCCUGUCGUUUUUGAAGAAUACAGAAAGCUUAGGCUUUCCACUGGUAUGAGAGCUGGAGAAGCUCUUUCCCUGUUAAGCCCUUCCAAACACUAAAUGUAAUUGACUUGGUGAAAGGCCUCUUGUUGAUCAUUGGUUGUAAAUUUGCAGGAAUGUGCUUCCAAAUUGUCAUUGGUUUAGUUUUUAACUCAUCAAUCUUCCACCAAGGGAAAAUUGACACAGUUGUAUAUCA